GGGAGUGUCGUUACAGGCGCAAUGCGGUUGUCGGGAUGUAAGGAGGAAUGGCGACGGUCGAGACGGCAUUGGAGGCCAGAGCAGAGCCGAGCGCGACCAAACAGAAGCGGAUCACAGGUUUGAAUCCCCUCAUCUCCAGCUAAACUCUUAGUGAAAGAGAGCCCCAAAAAAUGGAAACUGAAGUGACUGUGUCCUCCUCAUCGAGCUUGGUCUCCUUCUCCGCCCCGCAGACUUCGACCACCCAGGCCGUUCUGGCAGCAAAGCAGAGAGACAGCAGAAAGACCACAUCCGCAACUCCCGCCUUCCUCUCCAACCUGGGCCGGGCCACCUUACGGGGCAUUCGCAAGUGUCCACAGUGCGGCGUCUACAACGGCACCCGCGGGCUUAGCUGUAAGAACAAGGCCUGUGGGAUUUCCCUCAGAAAUGCUUCAGCGGCAGGCAGGACCAGCAAGAGAUGUGCCGUGGAGGUGGUGAAAGUGAUAAUAGACAGUGAGGAGAGAGGGGGGAAAGAGCACAAGGGCGGAGGAGGAGGAGUCCUGGUUGGUGGCUCAGGUGGAGGAGUGCAGGUCUUUUCAGUGUGUCAUAAAGGAAGAGGAGCCACGGCUACGCAGCUGGGCUUUGUUGAACUCGUUCCCACUGAUACUGCUAUAGCGACAGGCGACGGAGCAACCCUUCUCACCCGCAUCAACUUGGGCCGCUGCUUUUUGCCUUCUUGCAGGCAGGGUCAAAGGUCAAAUCAGGGCGAGUCAGAAUCGGCGGUGGCCAGUUCCAAACAGUCGUCCGACAGCCUCUGCAUCCACAUCAAGCAAGCCAUCGAGUGUGGGAGCCGGGCCACCCCGCUGACCUUAAAGAGCUCCGUCUUGGAGGGUUUGCAGGCCUCCAUUCAAGCCAGGGAGGAGCUGUGGAGGCUGGCCACUGAGUCUCCAGGGCCCCUGGUGCAACGCGUUGCCAAAGACACCCUGGUGGUUAAGUGCCACACAGAUUCACAGCAUCCUCUGGGUCUGCUGCAUCUCACUGUAGGUGCAGGUGGGCUGUCUGAGGUUGUGAAGAGCGAGAGAAGGAACAGAGAGCAGCAACAUGCCGUUUUCCACUGCGCCUGUCAGGUUAGCAGCAGCAGCAGCAGCAGCAGAAGAAGUAAACCUGGUGUCGACGGAACAGGCGGAUCCACCAACUCUCAUCCUCCUCACGGCUCGGCCACGUCACAGCCCUGCCUUCACUUCUAUGCCUGCGUGUGCGCCUUUGCAAGCGAUGAGAAACUGGCUUCAGAGUUUGCUGCUUUCAUCAACUACACGCCCAGCGGUGUGCAGCAAAACGCCACCAGCCGAGUUAUAAGUCCCAGUGAGAAGCUUCUGCAACAGGUCGAACCGUUCAACUCGCAUCAUAAAACAAAGAAACUUCGCCUGGAUGAAUCUCUCUCUGGGAGUACCCAGGUUGUGGAUGAGUGUACAGUGACAAUGGGUUUCCACCAGUGGCUGGCCGGUGUCACAGAGAGGAUCCACCAGACAAUGCACUACCAGUUUGAUGGGAAACCACAACCUCUGGUGUACCACAUUCCCCAGGAGUUCUUCAACGCUCUGCAGCAUCGUCUGUCGCUGGGCUCCAAGAAGAAGAGACUGCCUAACUUCACAACAGCCUUUGUGAGAAACGAUGGACUUCCCCUCGGCUCUUUCUCCAAGUACACCUGGCACAUCACCAAUCUCAUGCAGCUCAAACGCAUCUUUGACACCCCGGAGCUGCCUCUGGAGCUCUCUCAGAGUUUUGUGAAGAACGUUGAUGGCUCCUAUUCAUGUUUUCGCUGCCCUGAGCCGCCGCCUGAACCAGAGUUACCAGAAGGAUACAGGACAGAUCGGCCGCAGGCCAUACGACCGAUGGAGCUCCGCACCUUCUUCAAAGUCGGACCAGGCUCAGCAGAUCAGAAGGAGGCCAGUCCGUUUGUGAUCGAGUGGAUCCCGGGCGUCCUCCCUCGCUGUCAGAUGGGAGAGCUCAGGAUUAGCUUUGAAUUUGGCCACCAGCAGAGCGGUCAGCCGGAGCACUGUGAGAAAAUGAGCGCGGCAGAGAAAGGAGGUCAUAACAAGUCGGACUCAACCCAACCUAAGCACACAAAGACAGUGUCCUCCUUAUGACACAGUAACCAGUGUUAACACGUGCAAUACAGGUGCAUCUUCAACAAUUUGAAUAUCGUGGAAAAAUAAAUUUUUCAUGAAACCUUUGUAUAUUCUAGAUUCAUUAAAGUGAAAUAUUUCAA